GGAAAAUCUGAUUAGUUUGGCCACCUGUUGGUGAGCAAACAGAGGUGUCUGAAUAAAGAGCUCCACCUUUGGGUGCCGAGCAGAUGAAGCGAACUAUGACGGCGCCAGCUCUGAUCGCUGCAGCCCUGCUGCUGCUGCUUCCUACUUCUCAGAGUCAAAACUUUGAUCCAGCUCCCAUUCAGAUUGUGGUAACAAACAGCUUUCUGGAAGAGGAGCCGCUGACCUUUAGCACCCAUGUGGUCUACGGAGGUAUCCUGUUGGGAGCCAUGCGGAGACUCAUGGACUCUGACAAUAACUUCAAGUUCACCUACAUUGAGGAUCCAAACUAUGGUCCAUACCUGGAGAGUGUUAAUGGUCUGGCUGGAAAAGAUGCAGACCAGACUCACUGGGAGCUGCUGGUCAUGAAACCAGAUGGCAGCAUCACAAGACCUGAUGUUGGGAUUGGAUGUUACGUUCCCAGUGCCAAUGAAAAAAUUAUUUUUAACUUUACAAAGUGGUCAAAAUCAGAGACAACGCCAUGACGGAUAGCAAGACACUGAGCUUUCUACAACGAUCACAAUAAAACGUGAUUUUACUUUAGUGGUCAGCAGAUGUGUUUGGAACAUUGGUUUUACUAUCCUCCAUCCAACAAUUUUUACAAAUAGUUCUUAUUCCUAUUUUUCUGAAGUAAAGUACCCCUAAAGGUGACUUAUCAGUCAUUUGGUCAGAAUGAAGUCUCCUACGUCAGCAUUACACAACUAACUUACAUUAGCAUCACGUGGAACAGUCUCUUAAAGUCAUUCAGGAAGUCCUGCAGCAGCUAGAACAUAUUACUGAACCUCAGCAUAAAGAGGGGCAAUGUCCUGGUUUGCCCUUCACUUUUCUUUGAGCUAUCUCGCAGAUCAGUUAUACACUGCAUUUAAUGUUUUUUAUUCUGUUUUAUGGCACAUUAAUGUUGCAAUUCUCUGUUUCUGGUAUCGCUGGAUUUCUGUCUUUUUAAGAAACUGGAGUUCUGAGGGUUUCUAGAACAGGGUUUAGUUAGAACUAAGGCUAAUUCUUCUCUGGUUGAAAGUUCACAAAAAGUAAAGGGGCAAUUCCAUGAAAAAUCCACUCUUUGAGCUUUUAAGUGCAUUCUACUGUUCAUUCUUCACUAUGAAGGACCCCAAAGCGGGAUUUGGAUCUGUUCACACAUUUCUGAGUAAUCCUCUACAAACCUGUGUUCUCAACAGCAGCCCUUCCCAUUCCCACAAGAACAAGCAGGUUCUCACAUGCUGACAUCACAAGUUGAGCACCGCCCCUCCAGGAAGAGUCUGCUCCGCCCCCAGGCUAACACAGACACUUUCUCCAGGAAGCCAGCAGUGAUCAGCUAGCUUUGUGAGCCCCCCACCCUCAUCUCGUGCACAGUCAUGCCGACACUGGCAAUCUGUCAUGAGGCAGUUUAGUGAUGGACAAAAAAAACUCAUUCGAUUUAGCGUUCAAACUUUGUGAAGAAACGUCUGGUGAGAAAUCUGCACGACAUGUUGGGAUGGAUCCUGAAUGUAUCUGAGAAUGGCGCAAGCAGACGGGGAUUUUAGGAAGAUGGCAGGAGAAAGGGAGCUGACCAUUUCGUGGAAAAAGGAAGCAGAUGUUUCAAAGUCAAGUGAAAUCAAAAAUGUAUAUAAACCAAACUAACUUGAAAUCCAAAUUAAUACAUUAGUUAAAUCUAUCUUUUUUUCUGUUUUAACGGCUAAAAAAAAAAAAAAA